GGCACCACCGGAGAAGGGCGGGGAAAGGUCGGGGAUGACUUCCAGGCCAGGAAGAAGCCUCUCUUUGUUGCUAGUGCCUGCGUGGCCAGUAAGAAUUGACUUCCUCUUGGCCCGGACUGUUCCUCGACACUUCCCUGCAGUAAAUACAGCUCCCCGCACCGCGGGCCGCUGUGACGUCCUGGACGCCCCGGCUGGCCGGUCCGCGCCUGCGCCCGUGCCGCCCCGGCACCGGCACGCCGUCACGGGCCGUCACGCUCGUUCACUCUCCCCACUCCGUCCACCAAACCGUGAAACACUAAACAAAUCCGUGUCCGCUCCAGAGCCCUGUAAUGCCCGUUCCUCCGUCUCCAGAGCGCCUCGCGGUAAGCCUUGCCCUGGACAAGGGUUUUCACAGGGAGGAGUCCGAGGGAGCCACAGAGCGCGAGCGACCUGGUGCUCGCGCAGCCAGCACACACGCAGGGCCCCUGAGGCGGGGGAGUGUAAGGGGCGCCUGGACCAAGACUCGCGAGAGCUGGGGUCGCGUGCGGUCUGCCCUCGUUCCCAAAGCAGCUGUCACUCGUCUCUGAGGAUCCGCUGGCCACGCACCCUGACGAGUGAGGAGCUUCAGGCAGACAUAUUCCUUCCACUUUUUGCUGAAAUAAACCUCCACCUUUGUAGAAGAGUCACUGUUUAUCAUUUCAGCCCCUGUCCAGCCCCUCGUUCUCGAUCCCCUGGGAGCAGGGGAGCUUCCGGCCCGGUGGGACAUGCUGCUUCUGCAGAGUGACAGUGUUCAGAAGCUUGGUGGCUUUUCGGAUACGCACACCUGUGAUGGCCUGGGCAGUUUCACAAGUGUUCUUAACGGUGAGCACGAAGAUUUGAGCCUCUUGGUUUGCACGCUGUUGUGGGGAUUUCCCAAGUCAAGUGACUAGUGAACCGUUUUCAGAAGUCACCUCAGGCCACUUUCACAGAGAGGUUUUAGAUUCCCUUAAUAAUUUGGCUACUUAAUGGGUUUUGAAUGAUAACUUUUGGCGCCAAAAAACACUACGGGCAGGAAACUUAUGAGUGUGUGCCUUCAACCCCCUGCCUCAGUUUCUCUCUAUGAAUCCAUGUGACUGAAGAAAGAAAAA